GGCAGCGGGCGAGCGGCCGCCGGUCGGUGCCCGCAGCCGGCGCGGCGCUGCCCCCCUGCCGAGGACUGCCGCGCUCGUCGCACGAGUGGCGGCGGGGGGAGCCGCCCCGCGGGGCCGCCUCUGCCCCUUCCCCGCCGCGCCGUUAAUGGAAACAUGGCGAUGGCGGCUCCGACCGGCAGCGCGGCGCCCGUCGCCCCGGCCCUCUGCGGCCACCUGGCCCUGCUGCUGCUCCUCGCCGCCCCCGCCGCCCACGGCUACAGCUUCCCCCAGCAGCACACUAUGCAGUACUGGGCCAGGAGGCUGGAGCAGGAGAUUGAUGGAGUGAUGAGGAUAUUUGGUGGAGUCCAGCAGCUGAGAAAGAUCUACGAUGACAAUAAAAGCCUUUUUGAAGUCAAGGAGAAUGUGCCUAGGAAAUUGGUGGAGAAGGUCGCAGGGGACAUUGAGAGCCUCUUGGCCAAGAAAGUCCGUGCUUUAAAGAGACUUGCCAACGCGGCGGAGAAAUUCCAGAAGGCUCACCACUGGCAGGACAACAUCCGGGAGGAAGACAUCGAGUACUACGACUCCAAGGCCGACACUGAAUAUGACGACCCUGAUGGAGAAGAGAUCGAGAGGGAGAAGUCCAACUCCUUGAAGCUGGAGUUCACUGAUGAUGACAACUUCAAGACCAAGGUUAACUAUUCAUACGCUGCCGUGCAGAUCCCCACGGACAUCUACAAAGGCUCCACCGUCAUCCUCAACGAGCUGAACUGGACGCAGGCCCUGGAGGACGUUUUCAUCGAGAACCGCAAGGAGGAUCCCUCCCUGCUCUGGCAGGUCUUCGGCAGCGCCACCGGCGUCACCCGCUACUACCCCGCCACCCCAUGGAGAGCCCCCAAUAAGAUCGACCUCUAUGACGUGCGCCGGCGGCCCUGGUACAUCCAAGGUGCCUCCUCCCCAAAGGACAUGGUCAUCAUUGUGGACGUGAGUGGCAGUGUGAGCGGCCUCACCCUCAAGCUGAUGAAGACCUCGGUCUAUGAGAUGCUGGACACCCUCUCAGAUGAUGACUAUGUCAAUGUGGCCUCGUUCAACGAGAAGGCAAAGCCGGUGUCGUGCUUCAAGCACCUGGUGCAGGCCAACAUCCGAAACAAGAAGGUGUUCAAGGAGGACGUGCAGGGCAUGGUGGCCAAGGGCACAACAGACUACAAGGCUGGCUUUGAGUACGCCUUCGACCAGCUGCAGAACUCCAACAUCACACGUGCCAACUGCAACAAGAUGAUCAUGAUGUUCACGGACGGCGGCGAGGACCGAGUGCAGGACGUCUUUGAGAAGUACAACUGGCCCAAUAAGACGGUGCGGGUCUUCACCUUCUCCGUGGGGCAGCACAACUACGACGUGACCCCGCUGCAGUGGAUGGCCUGUGCCAACAAAGGUUACUACUUCGAAAUCCCCUCCAUCGGCGCCAUCCGCAUUAACACACAGGAGUACCUGGAUGUGCUGGGCAGGCCCAUGGUCUUGGCUGGGAACCGAGCCAAGCAGGUCCAGUGGACCAAUGUCUACCAGGAUGCCCUGGGGCUGGGCCUGGUGGUGACAGGAACUCUGCCAGUGUUCAACCUGACGGAGGACAGCAGUGACAGGAAGAACCAGCUCAUCCUGGGCGUGAUGGGGAUCGAUGUGGCUCUCAACGACAUCAAGAGGCUGACGCCGCGUUACAACCUGGGGGCCAAUGGCUACGUCUUCGCCAUCGACCUGAACGGCUACGUCCUGCUGCACCCCAACCUGCGGCCCCAGAUCAUCAAUUUCCGUGAGCCAGUGACGCUGGACUUCCUGGAUGCUGAACUGGAGGAUGAAAACAAGGAGGAGAUCCGGAGGAGCAUGAUUGAUGGGAAUGAUGGGCAGAGGUUCAUCAAGACCCUCAUCAAGUCCCUGGACGAGCAAUACAUCGACGAGGUGUUCCGGACCUACACGUGGGCUCCCAUCAAAAGCACCAACUACAGCCUGGGGCUGGUUCUGCCUCCCUACAGUACCUACUACAUCCAGGCCAACCUCAGCGACCAGAUCCUGCAAGUGAAGUUACCAAACAUCAAAAUGAAGGAUUUUGAAUACCUGCUGCCCAACAACUUUGAGUCGGAGGGACAUGUGUUCAUUGCUCCCAGAGAGUAUUGCAAAGACCUCGACUUGUCGGAUAACAACACCGAAUUCCUGGAAAACUUUAUUGCCCUCAUGGAAAAGGUGACCCCAGACUCCAAGCAGUGCGACAACUUCCUCCUGCACAACCUAAUCCUGGACACGGGUAUCACACAGCAGCUGGUGGAGCAAGUCUGGAAGGACCAGGACCUCAACACGUACAGCCUCUUGGCUGUCUUUGCAGCCACCGACGGGGGCAUCACCCGUGUCUUCCCUAACAAGGCUGCAGAUGACUGGGAGGAGGAACCGGAGCCCUUCAACGCCAGCUUCUACCGGAGGAGCCUGGACAACAAGGGCUACAUCUUCAAGCCACCCUACCGAGAUGCUGGCUACCGGGGGCUGGACCUGGAGAACAACACCAUUGGGAUCCUGGUGAGCACCGCCGUGGAGCUCAGCAUCGGGGGCAAGACUCUGAAGCCCGCAGUGGUGGGGGUGAAGCUGGACCUGGAGGCCUGGGCUGAGAAGUUCAAAGUGCUGGCAAGCAACCGGACAGACCGAGACCAGCUGGGCACCCGCCGGUGUGACCCCUCAAGCAGCUGUGAGAUGGACUGUGAGGCCAACAACAAGGACCUCAUCUGUGUCCUCAUUGAUGAUGGGGGCUUCCUGGUGCUCUCCAACCAGGAGGACCAUUGGUACCAGGUGGGCAAGUUCUUCAGCGAAGUGGAUGCCAACCUGAUGUCUGCCCUCUACAACAACUCCUUCUAUGCCCGUAAGGAGUCCUACGACUUCCAGUCCGUCUGUGCCCCCGAGGCCCCCAGCAACACGGGCGCGGCGCCCCGCGGCGUCUUCGUGCCCACUGUGGCCGAUCUCCUGAGCCUCGCCUGGUGGACCUCGGCCGCAGCCUGGUCCCUGUUCCAGCAGUUCCUGUACAGCCUCACCUACAGCAGCUGGUUCCAGACGGAGGAGGUGGUGGGGGACGGCAUGGAGGCCAGGGAGACGAGCUGCAUCAUGAAGCAGACCCAGUACUACUUCAGCACCGUCAACGCCACCUACAACGCCAUCAUCGACUGCGGCAACUGCUCCAGGCUCUUCCAUGCACAGAGACUGGCCAACACCAACCUGCUCUUCGUGGUGGCUGACAAGCCCCUCUGCAGCCAGUGUGAGUCUGUCAAGCUGCUGCAGGCAGAGGUAAGAGCCCCCCCGAGGGACCCCAACCAGUGUGAGCUGGUGGACAGGCCCCGCUACCGGAAAGGCCCCCACAUCUGCUUCGACUACAAUGCAACAGAAGAUACCUCAGACUGCGGCCGAGGGGCUUCCUUCUCCCCCUCCCUGGGGGUCCUGCUCUCGCUGCAGCUGCUGCUCCUCUACUCCAGCACCAGCCGGCACCCACUGCCCCCGGCCGCCUGCCUUUAGCCCCCCGGCCGCCCCCGCCAGCUCUCUUUUCUUUCAACUUCCAUCUCCAUGCUCCUCCCCGGCCCGGUGGAGCGGGAGCGACGUCCCCUCCGCCGCCUCGGGGACCCCCGGUGCCGCCCCGCUCUCCCCGCCGGCCGCAGCCAAAGAAGAGCCGGGUGCGGGGGCAGGGGCUCCCGGCAGAGCGGGGACCGGCACGGUGCCCCGGCGUCGCGCCCUCCCGGCCACUCGGACUUGGAAAAGUGGCGUCGGUGUCCUCCGCCCGCGACCCCCCCAUCCACCUCGCCUAUUUUUUUAGCCUGAAGAUUUUAAAGCAGAUCUUUCUACAUCGAGUUUCCAACAUUUUCACCUGGAGACCGGCGGGGUUUAUUGUCAGCAACGAGGACACAUGGGAAAACAAACAAAAAAAAACAAAAAAAGAAAAAAAGAAAAAAAAGAAAAAAAAAAAGGAAAAAAUGGGGGGGGGGAAGGAAAGAAAAAAAAAAAAAAAAGAAAGAAAGGACUUGACUGUGCGGGUCAGUAUCAUUUGUUCUGGCGGUCCCGGCCCCAGGGCGUGAGGGGCAGCUGCAGCAUCCCCGCGGGCCCAUCCCUCGGGCUGGGGCUGCGAGCGGGCAGGGACAGCUCGGGGACAGUGGCCUUUGCCGGGCACCAGCGAGCCCCGGCCGCUGCGCUGGGCUCAGCGUCCUUGGGCACAGAUACUGGGGUGGAAAGGAGGGGGGAAAUGUGUUUUGUUUCUUUUCCGUUCUGCAGAUCACUGUGAAUCCUGCCCGCUCACCCCGCCCCCGCCUCCAGCCCUGCGCGGGCUCCCUGCCCUGCCAAGGCGGCCGCGCUGGCCGGGCCGGGCUGCCCGUCCCCUGGGGACAUGCCCCGUGUCCCCGUGUCCCGGGGGUCACGCCCACGCCCCAGCGUGCUCGAGUGCCAAGCGGAGCCGGCGGUGCCACACGUCCCCAGAAGCGCCGUGCCCGUCCCGGGGGUGCGGGACAGGGGGUGGCCCCGCAGCGGUGCCGGGGCUCACACCGGGGCAUCCCGGGGGGGCUGCCCCCCAGUCAAUCCGAGCAGGGGACGGCGCGGCUGCUCUGCCCCGCUCCCCUCAGAGCCCGCUGCACCCCACAAACGCGGCCAGGAGAGGUGCGGAGGGGCCCGGAGCGGGGUGACAGCUGUGACACCCGGGGGGCCACCCCCGCUCCCGGCAGUGCCGGGGGUCCCUGGGCAGCCCUGGGGACCCUCACCCCCCCGGGGCACCCCGCUCAGAGCCACCCCAUCGACCGGGUCCAGGGGAGCCCCCCCGGCAUGGCCACCCCGGGGGGGCUGGGGAGGGCGCCAGGCGCUAAUUAGUGCUGGGUUAAUUAAUGGUCAUUCUGCUUGUAGCUUUUUCAGUGUGUGUUUGGUUACUGUCUCUGGGAACCGUGUUUGAACAGAUGGCUCUGUGUUACCGGGAGUGUGUGUACUUCUGUAGUCUAGUUAGGUGCUCUGCCAGAAAACCACCACUAUACAUACCUAUAAAUAUAUACAUAUAUAGUCUAUUUUAAGUUAAAAACCAAUGAGACGAAUGGGCGGCGUGGCCCCGGGCCCCCCGUCCCGCCGGGGUCACCUCCUGCCCUGUCCCCACCCAAAAGCUUCUCUCUGCUCAUUCAAAGGCAUUGGGUUUUUAAUUGAUUUUCU